UCAGCUAUUUAUGGACGAAUGGGGGUUUGGGGAUGUGACAAAGGAAGCAGCAUCACCACCACCUGAAGUUAUUGAGUACAGGGUAAAAUUGGGCUUAUGAUUUAUGAGGAAGAGGGGAAGGAAGCUGCAGUGGGACUGAGACGAACCUCUAGCUCACACAUUCUCAGGAGGAACUAAGAGGUGAUUGUGGAAUCUGCAUAUUGUGAUGCUUGUCUUUUGUUGUUUUGAGCUUCCAAUUUGGCAUAAAAAACUUGAUUGAGGUUGCUGCUUGUGGAAGACUUGCAUGUGAGAGUGGUCAGUUGCACAUUCACGUGAAUUUGUGGUUCCAUUUCAUGGCCCUGGAUUCUGAUUCCUAUCCAUCUGGAAAAAAGAGAAAAUUGCCUCUUGGCAUUUUCUUCAUGAAUUCAAGGUAUGCCUUUGCAUUGGAUGAACUUGGUUUGGAGAUAGCACAGAUUGCAUUUCCUGCAGCACUGGCUUUAACAGCUGACCCCAUUGCUUCUCUAAUUGACACAGCAUUCAUUGGCCAAAUAGGUCCAGUGGAACUUGCUGCUGUGGGAGUUUCUAUUGCUCUGUUUAAUCAAGUAUCAAGGAUUGCAAUAUUCCCACUUGUUAGUGUCACAACUUCUUUUGUUGCGGAGGAAGAUACUAUUGGAAGAGUAAGCAUUGAAGAAGUAGAAGGUGAAAAUGUGGAAAAGGGUUUAGCUAUACAGAGCGAGAUGAAAGAGUUGAUUCAACAUUCUGAUUCUAAUAGAACUGUACACCAGUCGCCAUCCAGAAGUGCUGAUAAUUCAAAUAUGUCCAAGUGUGAGAAUGGGAAGAGACAUAUUCCAUCAGCGUCAUCUGCAUUGGUUAUUGGGGGGAUACUUGGUCUUCUCCAAGCCAUAUUCCUAAUUUCUGGAGCAAAACCUCUCUUGAAUUUCAUGGGUGUAAAUUCUGAUUCCCCUAUGCUAAACCCAGCUCGACAAUACUUGACAUUGAGGUCGCUUGGUGCUCCUGCAGUUCUUCUCUCAUUGGCCAUGCAAGGGGUUUUUCGAGGUUUUAAGGAUACAAAAACUCCCUUAUACGCUACUGUUGCGGGAGAUGUAACAAAUAUCGUCUUAGACCCAAUACUUAUAUUUGUUUUCCGUUUGGGUGUCAGUGGUGCAGCCAUCGCUCAUGUUAUUUCUCAGUACUUAAUUUCACUAAUACUGUUAUGGAGAUUAAUCGAACAAGUUGACCUCUUACCUCCCAGUAUCAAAGAUCUGCAAUUUAGUAGGUUUCUUAAAAAUGGUUUUCUAUUGCUAGCAAGGGUAAUAGCUGUGACAUUCUGCGUGACUCUAGCAGCAUCAAUGGCCGCACACCAGGGAUCAACAUCCAUGGCUGCAUUCCAGGUCUGUCUGCAAAUUUGGUUGGCAACAUCUCUCCUUGCUGAUGGAUUGGCUGUUGCUGGACAGGCAAUACUUGCAAGUGCAUUUGCUAGAUAUGAUUAUGACAAGGCAAUAGCCACUGCAUCCCGUGUAUUGCAGUUAGGACUGGUGUUAGGGGCGUUUCUUUCUAUCAUCCUUGGAUUUGGCUUGCAGUUUGCAUCUAGAUUAUUUACAAAGGACAUCAAUGUUCUUCACCUUAUAAGCAUUGGAGUACCGUUUGUUGCAGCUACUCAACCCAUAAAUGCCUUAGCCUUUGUUUUUGAUGGGGUCAACUUUGGAGCAUCUGAUUUUGCAUAUUCUGCUUGUUCCAUGGUUCUGGUAGCAAUUGUCAGCAUACUAUGCUUGUUUAUUCUCUCUUCGGCUUAUGGUUUUAUUGGAAUCUGGGUAGCUUUGACCAUCUACAUGAGUCUGCGAACAUUUGCUGGCUUUUGGAGAAUAGGGACUGGAACAGGACCUUGGAGCUUUCUCAGGAGCUAAUUGUUGCCUUUUUGUGGCUGGGAGUGAGAACAUACCGGCAUCAGAGUUUUUCUUACAAGGGUUUAAUUUUCCAUAAUUUUUUUUCUAUGAAAAAUUUCUGCUCAUUCAAAAUCUCAUCUCCGGUUGCUCUUGCUUCUUUAGUGUCCUUAACAAGUAUUUCUGUGGCACAUAGUUGAAUAUAUUUUCAGGCAUGAUGCAAAUGCCUCGAAAGACAAAGUCACUCAAUGUAUACAUAUAGAGACAAGGAAUUGCUCGUAAGAGUUGGUCUAUAAUUGAAAAAAAGCUAGAAGGGAUAUGAUCUUAUAAACUGUUCAGUUUCAGUAUUUUGAA